AUGUCUUACCAGCCACCGUACGCCUAUCCGUAUCCGCUGCAACCCUCUCCGUAUCCAGCGGGGAUUGGUUACUCCGCGCCACCAUCCGUGCAACCGCCGAUUCAGCGUCCUCCGCUCUGCACGGAGCAAGACGCGUUGCAUUGGUUCCAAACGGUUAGUCGGUCAACUGGAGGUCGCAUCGAUGUUCCAAUGCUCAAUUCCGCCCUGAGCGUGGCUGGGAAAAGCUUUAGUUACGCGACAACGGAGCGGCUUUUGUCCAUGUUUGACCUUGAUGUCGACGGGAUGCUUAACCUGGCAGAAUUCCAGGAAUUCCGGCGUUACUUUCAAACAAUGCGAGAUGGUUUUAACCAGCGUGACACGAGCCGCGACGGUUGCCUAGAAGGGGAUGAGGUGCGUGCGGCGCUUCGGGCGAAUGGGUACCAGAUAUGUGAUGAUGUCUUUCAGGGAUUGAUGCGGCACUUUGAUCGCAGAAAGCAGGGAGGCCUUGGUCUGGAUGACUACAUUGAAAUGUCUAUUUUUGUCGCCAAGGCCAACGACGCUUUCCAUGCUGAAUCCCAAGGCAAAACCACUGCGACAUUCGAUUUUAGUUCAUUCCUCCGGGUAGGGGUCUUCCUGGUUUGA